AUGGAUGCAUACAAUGUGUCCUUCACCAUCAAGGACGUGAACAACAUGGUCUCACCCGACGGCGGCGUCAUCAAUCCCUUGGUGGUGGUUCGUUGCGCUGGUCAGGAGUACCGAACGGAGAUCAAAUAUGAGAAGCUGGGUCUGGUCAACUUUGAUGAGGCUCACUCAUGGCCGAACUUGGUGAUGCCUCAGCAGUCCUUCGACCAGGCAGUGAUCGAGUUCGAACUCCAAUCUGCAAACGCAUUCUGGGCCAACACGACCAUUGGACUUGCAGCUAUUCAACUUCGAUCUGUAAAGAAUAGGGGUAACCACACCUUGAGUGGAUAUGUGCCAUUGAUUGGCAUUAAUGAGAGCAAGACAACCGGCAACCUGAAUUUAACGCUGAGUGUGCUGGGUCCAGGGGACGUUCUUCGCGUCGAAGAGGAGAACCAGUAA